AUGGUGUCCUAUCGGAUCCAGCUGCACUACUCCCAGUACGACUACGUCAUCAAGGUGGCCACGGCCAUCAGCAGCCACGCGAAGCCCUUCGCGCAGACCCUGGUGGACGAGCUGGUGAAGGCAGGCGGCGACGACCACUCCGUGAGGUCCUCGUGCGAGGUGAUCAGCUUCACGGACCUCGAGGGCGAGAGGAUCACCACCCCGUCGACCAGCACCACCACGGUCACCUCGACCAUGCCUUGGAAGGCGCUGGUCGGGUUCCUGACGCUUGUGGUCCCAGACGCCGACAAGGAGCAGGUGGAGAAGGCGGUCCAGUCCUCGCUGGUGAUGCGGCUGGACCUGCACCCCGGGGAGUUCUACACCAUCUCGGCCUUCGAGUCGGGACGCCGCCUGCUGCGCGAGGGGGUCGCCCCGGAAGCCAGCCUCCGGAGGCUGGUGGGGGUCGGCGUGCCCGGCUCGAGGCUGGGGCCCGUCCGCUGGGAGGUGUCCUACGUGCUGAGGGUGCCGGAGAGGUUCCUGGAGAAGGCGAAAGGCCUUGCGAUGGCGCUGAACCACGACUCGGCCACCUUCAAGAGCACGCUGAUCUCGCAGCUGGCCGCUGGCGGGCACAGCGAGGAGGCGCUCAGGGCCUCGCUUGAGGUGGUGACCUUUGCGAAGCUUCAGGUGGACAGCACCAAAGGCUGA